AUGCACAGUAUGUUGUGUAUGUUGUUGUUGCUGACAACGCUUCUUUCCUCAGUUAUUUGCAAAGAUGAGAACAUACGAACAUCGUCGAUCAAUGGAUUUAACCGACCAAACAGAGCCAUCAUCACAUUGUCCGAACUGUUGGAACGCACGAUGUGGCCGGAGGAAAUGUGAGUUUAUUGUACUGUAAAUUUAGUUUUUAUGGUUGAUUUUUUAAUGAAAAUGGUAAGAACUUUCUUUACGUGACUUAAAAUGGCAAUUAUUUUUGUUACAAACAAAAAUGGCAAGAACUUUCUUUACAAAACUUAAACUUGUAGAAACUUUCCUGACAUGGCUAAAAACGGCAAAAACUUUGUUUACAGCUAAAAAUAUUUUUUUAAAAUUAUUAAAAUUUAGUUUUUAUCGCUAAAAUGACCUUUUUACCCGAAUCUUUUGACUUUAUGACCGGAAGACGACAAAGUUUUAAAAGUUUCUCCGGAAACCUUUCUUUUUCGUAAUUGCAUCGUCGAUAAACUUUUACAAUCGACCAUGAUUUAUGAACUUUAUUGGCAAGCGAACCGUGCCGCACGUUCAAAACAAACGUGCUGUGAUGUGAUUAAACAACGAUGGGGUUAAUCGAGGGUAAAAAUAUUAAUAAAUUCGCUUGGGAACACGUAGUAUAUUUAUGGUAUGUUAUGCGGUAUGUAUGAAGGUAAAAAUAAAUAACAAAAGAGUUAGCUGAAUUACAUGUUAUAGUACAUUAAACAGGAUAGUAAAAGUAACUAUAGGGUAGAGCAAGCUUUGUAAGGGUAGGGUAGGGUAGAGUAGGGUAGGAUAAGAUUAAACCUUUUUAAAAUUUAGUUCUUAAUUUUUCGUUACAUACUGCUUUUAGUAACUUACCAUUGAUUUCAGAAGAACAGUAAAAACGCGAAGAGCACCAUCCUUGGACAACAACUACCAGUGGGAGAGUAUGAUGCAGUCGUUGGACAAUCUUCGAAAACCUCGAUUCGGUCGCUGA